CUAAAUGUUUUUUGGUUUCACUCCACACCGAGGUUGACGCUCUGUCGGUGGCUGUGGAGACACUGGUUGGCUGCCACAACGCAGACGGACACACUGCGUCAUGGAGGCAGGUGGACAGUCCUUGAUGUCAGAUAGUGACAAGGAGCACUUCGUGGAUAAACAUAAGGUUGAGUUGAUCUUGACUGUGCAAAGCGUUGAUCCAAUUUUGGAUGAGCUCCUUACAAAGGGGGUUAUUCAACAUGAAAGUUAUGACAAAAUCAGGGCUCUCUCGACUUCGGUGGAGAAGAUGAGGGAUCUCUUUGAAGCUCUGGAAGCUGUUGGAGUUGGAGGCAAAGACAUCUUCUACAACAUCAUUAAGAAACUGCAGCCACAUGUUAUUGAGGAAAUCUUCAGUCCCUCGCGAAUUGUUUUUCAAUCUGCAAAGAGUCUGCCAGAAAGCAGCAAGAGAGGUUCAAAGCCUUUCAUAUCUUGGACCUCAACAAAGAUCGUAAAAGUAACACGGACGUCCCCUAAGGAUGACUGGAUUAAACUUGAGCCUGAAGUGAACUAUGUGGAUGCUUCAAUUUACAGCCAUCAGUCUGAAGCAGGUAAAUUUGAAUGCAGUGUCUCUGGCUUGCGCUGGGUUUGUAACGAAAAGAUCAGCCUAAAAUACCAGUUUGGCUUUUGGGAGGAACACAAGGAGAGACUGGAAACCAUGCAAUACAUUGCUGGAGGUCCCCUACUGGACAUCACAGUCACUGCUGGAAAAUUAGAUGAAGUAUAUCUGCCGCACUGGAUCUGCACAGAUGACAUCCCUUCAAUAUUGGACAAGUUUGCGGUUCUGCACAUAGAUGCCUAUGGAGAUGUUGUGGAACAAGUGUCUGAGGUCACACCAUCCCAUGUUAAGUUAUACCAACCAGUUUUCUCUCCAAGAGGAGUCCUGAUGAAAGCGGGCUUUCCAGUGAAAAUUAACUGUAAAGUGUUAAUAUACAAGACCAACAAAGCCUUCCUCACACUACAUGUUUAUCUGAUCCCUUGUGAUCCUGCUAUACAACAGAUGAUAAAAAACAAGGAAUUAUCCAGUGGACACAAAAUGAUCCCAAAGCCAUACCCAGUGAAGGCCCUGAAAAUGCGUGACCGUUUCAUUCUCACAGCUGAUACGGAGAGUGCAGAAAUUUACCCUGAAAAAUUAAAGCUUGCAUAUGAAAGCAGUGACCCAAACUUCUUUGAAGUGUUCAUUGAAAAUCCAGACAGUAACUUCCAGCUCACACUCAGACAUGGAUCUGGACCAGUGUGGACCAGUGCAAUUCGAAAAGAUGACUACGGUGAUAUUCAGGUGGUGUACGAUAAGGAACUUGCCAGCGUGAGGUCUAAACUUGUGGUUAAAAUGUCCAGAGAAGUUAUUAAUCAGCUGCUGGAUGACCUUUUAGAAGAUGGUGUCUUAAAUGACGAGGAGAAAGACUCAAUACUUCACAACAACAGGGCAGACAGGGCACGCUGCCUCAUUGACAAGGUGAAGAUGAAAGGAUACACAGCCAGCAGGAAGAUGUUUACUCACCUUCAAAGCAGAGACCCUACACUGUGCGCUGAGCUGGGGCUGCCCUAUGGUCUACCUGUUUAGCCAGUCUACACUCAUCCUGCAUUGGGAACAGAAAAAAUGAAGACACUCCUAAAUCAUUAUGCAAUGAAAGCCAUAUCAGGUGACUGACAUGAGUCACGUUUUUAUAAUGAAUAUGUAGUGACCAAAUUAAUCAUAUUGCUGCUUCUUAUCUGCUGGAUGUCUAUAAGCAACUGUUUUCUAACAUGUUUGUAAAACAAUUUUAUAUUUUUAACUGUAUCUUGUUGACUAAAUACAUUAUAUAAAUUGCAAAAUUAAUCUGAUGAAUGUAAGAUUCUUUUACAAAUAUUAGUUCAGUUUUAUGAAAGUUAUGUACUGAUUUGUUUUUGUUGUUGGAUAUAAAGUGCAGUGACUUAAAGGUGGGGUAAGCUAACAGACCCUAACAGAUACCAUAAUAACAAGAGCACAGCAAGUAAUGUAACUGAUGUUAAUUCUGAUGUGGGUUUGCUAACAUGCAGAGAGGAUGAGGCGGUUUCCUAGAGCCAGCACACCAGCACCAGACAGCGAUACACUCACAACUCUCACAACUCGCUACUACAGCAAACAUCACAAUAACAACAUAUCUUGGAAACCUAGAAAGUAAGAUUAAUGUGUACGGGCAAGAAAUUUAACUUUUACUGUUGUGUGGCUCGAUCCAAUGUUUUUCAUGUACAGAACCAGAGAGCAUUUUUAAUUAAAAUUGCAUUACCUAGAAUCACUCACCCCACCUUUAAAGUCUAAUUACAGUUUGUUGAUUUUGUAAUUUGAUUUUAAUAAAAUAUUUCUUAUAAAA